GGUCUUUGAAAAUCUCCUUUAAAUUUCAAUACCUCUACUCGUUCCCCAAAUGGGGGGAAGGGAAGAGGAAGCCGGUGGAGGGUAGAGAGAGAGAGAAUCUCCUUUCCGUUUCACUCCCAGGUAGCCAAAGCGCACCGCACCGGCUAGGCUGCCUGGAGGAAAAGCGCCGGAGCGGGGCAAAGACCCGCCCAGGCUGCUCUUAUAGGCGAGCGCGGGGCGGGCCUGGCUGUGGGCGGCGCCGCGCGGCCCCGCUCGCCUAUAAGGAGCUGUCCGCCACCCCGGUGCUGAUUCCAGCUCUCGCGCCCGAAGAGGUGGAUUUGGCUGUCCACCGAGCUCCGGCGCUUGUCGUUCUAAUUGGGUUUGGAUUUGCACCGUUAAGGAGGGAGGAAGAGAAGGAAGAGGCGGGCGAGGAAGGCGAGUCCAGCUAGCGGCUGUUGCGGGGACCGUAGCCCCAGCUGCACCUCCGGAGACUCCCCCGCCACGGUUUCGGUGGAGCGUCUGGGCACGGGAUGGUGUGAAAGAGCAAGUGCCUCUCCAAGGGGGGGUGGGAGGGGGUCAGGCCGUGCAGAGAAGAGAGCGAGCGAGAAGAAGCCGCGGCUGGCGACUGCGAAUUUGGGAUUCCAUUGGGAGGGACCGCUCACUCGGGGGAAAUGGAUUCUGUACCACGGCUGACCAGCGUUUUGACUUUGCUGUUCUCCGGCUUGUGGCAUUUAGGAUUAACAGCGACAAAUUAUAACUGUGAUGAUCCACUAGCAUCCCUGCUCUCUCCAAUGGCUUUUUCCAGUUCCUCAGAUCUCACUGGCACUCAUAGCCCAGCUCAACUCAACUGGAGAGUUGGAACUGGCGGUUGGUCCCCAGCAGAUUCCAAUGCUCAACAGUGGCUCCAGAUGGACCUGGGAAACAGAGUAGAGAUUACAGCAGUGGCCACGCAGGGAAGAUACGGAAGCUCUGACUGGGUGACGAGUUACAGCCUGAUGUUCAGUGACACAGGGCGCAACUGGAAACAGUACAAACAAGAAGACAGCAUCUGGACCUUUGCAGGAAACAUGAAUGCUGACAGCGUGGUGCACCACAAGCUGCUGCACUCAGUGAGGGCCCGAUUUGUUCGCUUUGUGCCCCUGGAAUGGAAUCCCAGUGGGAAAAUUGGCAUGAGAGUCGAGGUCUACGGAUGUUCCUAUAAAUCAGACGUUGCUGACUUUGAUGGCCGAAGCUCACUUCUGUACAGGUUCAAUCAGAAGUUGAUGAGUACUCUCAAAGAUGUGAUCUCCCUGAAGUUCAAGAGCAUGCAAGGAGAUGGGGUCCUGUUCCAUGGAGAAGGUCAGCGUGGAGACCACAUCACCUUGGAACUCCAGAAGGGGAGGCUCUCCCUGCACCUCAACUUGGAUGACAGCAAAGCGCGGCUCAGCAGCAGCCUGCCCUCUGCCACCCUGGGCAGCCUCCUGGAUGACCAGCACUGGCACUCGGUCCUCAUCGAGCGGGUGGGCAAGCAGGUGAACUUCACGGUGGACAAGCACACACAGCACUUCCGCACCAAGGGCGAGACGGAUGCCUUAGACAUUGACUAUGAGCUUAGUUUUGGAGGAAUUCCAGUACCAGGAAAACCUGGGACCUUUUUAAAGAAAAACUUCCAUGGAUGCAUCGAAAACCUUUACUACAAUGGAGUAAACAUAAUUGACCUGGCUAAGAGACGAAAGCAUCAGAUCUAUACUGUGGGCAAUGUCACUUUUUCCUGCUCCGAACCACAGAUUGUGCCCAUCACAUUUAUCAACUCCAGCGGCAGCUAUUUGCUGCUGCCCGGCACCCCCCAAAUUGAUGGGCUCUCAGUGAGUUUCCAGUUUCGAACAUGGAACAAGGAUGGUCUGCUUCUGUCCACAGAGCUGUCUGAAGGCUCGGGGACCCUGCUGCUGAGCCUGGAGAGUGGAAUCCUGAGACUCGUGAUUCAGAAAAUGACAGAACGUGUAGCUGAAAUCCUCACAGGCAGCAACUUGAAUGAUGGCUUGUGGCACUCAGUUAGCAUCAAUGCCAGGAGGAACCGCAUCACGCUCACUCUGGAUAAUGAAGCAGCACCUCCAGCUCCUGACAGCACUUGGGUGCAGAUUUAUUCUGGAAAUAGCUACUACUUUGGAGGGUGCCCCGACAAUCUCACCGAUUCCCAAUGUUUAAAUCCCAUUAAGGCUUUCCAAGGCUGCAUGAGGCUCAUCUUUAUUGAUAACCAGCCCAAGGACCUCAUUUCAGUUCAGCAAGGUUCCCUGGGGAAUUUUAGUGAUUUACACAUUGAUCUGUGUAGCAUCAAAGACAGGUGUUUGCCAAACUACUGUGAACAUGGAGGAAGCUGCUCCCAGUCCUGGACCACCUUCUAUUGUAACUGCAGUGACACAAGUUACAGUGCCACCUGCCACAACUCCAUCUACGAGCAAUCCUGUGAGGUGUACAGGCACCAGGGGAACACAGCUGGCUUCUUCUACAUCGACUCAGAUGGCAGCGGCCCACUGGGACCUCUCCAGGUGUACUGCAAUAUCACCGAGGACAAGAUCUGGACAUCGGUGCAGCACAACAAUACAGAACUGACCCGAGUGCGGGGCGCCAACGCUGAGAAGCCCUAUGCCAUGGCCUUGGACUACGGGGGCAGCAUGGAACAGCUGGAGGCCGUGAUCGACGGGUCUGAGCACUGUGAGCAGGAGGUGGCCUACCACUGCAGGAGGUCCCGCCUGCUCAACACGCCGGAUGGAACACCAUUUACCUGGUGGAUUGGGCGGUCCAAUGAAAGGCACCCUUACUGGGGAGGUUCUCCUCCUGGGGUCCAGCAGUGUGAGUGUGGCCUAGACGAGAGCUGCCUGGACAUUCAGCACUUUUGCAAUUGCGACGCUGACAAGGAUGAAUGGACAAAUGAUACUGGCUUUCUUUCCUUCAAAGACCACUUGCCUGUCACUCAGAUAGUUAUCACUGAUACCGACAGAUCAAACUCAGAAGCCGCUUGGAGAAUUGGGCCCUUGCGUUGCUAUGGUGACCGACGCUUCUGGAACGCCGUCUCAUUUUACACAGAAGCCUCUUACCUCCACUUUCCUACCUUCCAUGCGGAAUUCAGUGCCGAUAUUUCCUUCUUUUUUAAAACCACAGCAUUAUCCGGAGUUUUCCUAGAAAAUCUUGGCAUUAAAGACUUCAUUCGACUCGAAAUAAGCUCUCCUUCAGAGAUCACCUUUGCCAUCGAUGUUGGGAAUGGUCCUGUAGAGCUUGUGGUCCAGUCUCCUUCUCUUCUGAAUGACAACCAAUGGCAUUAUGUCCGGGCUGAGAGGAACCUCAAGGAGACCUCCCUUCAGGUGGACAACCUUCCAAGGAGCACCCGGGAGACGUCAGAGGAGGGCCAUUUUCGACUGCAGCUGAACAGCCAGUUGUUUGUAGGGGGAACGUCAUCCAGACAGAAAGGCUUCCUAGGAUGCAUUCGCUCCUUACACUUGAAUGGACAGAAACUGGACCUGGAAGAGAGGGCAAAGGUGACAUCUGGAGUCAGGCCAGGCUGCCCGGGUCACUGCAGCAGCUAUGGCAGCAUCUGCCACAACGGGGGCAAGUGUGUGGAGAAGCACAAUGGCUACCUAUGCGAUUGCACCAACUCACCUUAUGAAGGGCCCUUUUGCAAAAAAGAGGUUUCUGCUGUUUUUGAGGCUGGCACGUCGGUUACUUACAUGUUUCAAGAACCCUAUCCUGUGACCAAGAAUAUAAGCCUGUCAUCCUCAGCUAUUUACACAGAUUCAGCUCCAUCCAAGGAAAACAUCGCAUUUAGCUUUGUGACAGCUCAGACACCCAGUCUUUUGCUCUUUGUCAAUUCUUCUUCUCAGGACUUCCUGGCUGUUCUGCUCUGCAAGAAUGGAAGCUUACAGGUUCGCUAUCACCUAAACAAGGAAGAAACCCAUGUAUUCACCAUUGAUGCAGAUAACUUUGCUAACAGAAGGAUGCACCACUUGAAGAUUAACCGAGAGGGAAGGGAGCUUACCAUUCAGAUGGACCAUCAACUUCGACUCAGUUAUAACUUCUCUCCAGAAGUAGAGUUCAGGGUUAUAAGGUCACUCACCCUGGGCAAAGUCACAGAGAAUCUUGGUUUGGAUUCUGAAGUUGCUAAAGCAAACGCCUUGGGUUUUGCUGGAUGCAUGUCUUCCGUCCAGUACAACCACAUAGCACCACUGAAAGCUGCCCUGCGCCAUGCCACCGCCGCGCCUGUGACUGUCCAUGGGACCUUGACGGAAUCCAGCUGCGACUUCAUGGUGGACUCAGAUGUGGAUGCAGUGACCACGGUGCAUUCUUCAUCAGAUCCUUUUGGGAAGACAGAUGAGCGGGAACCACUCACGAAUGCUGUUCGAAGUGAUUCGGCAGUCAUCGGAGGGGUGAUAGCAGUGGUGAUAUUCAUCAUCUUCUGUAUCAUCGGCAUCAUGACCCGGUUCCUCUACCAGCACAAGCAGUCACAUCGUACAAACCAGAUGAAGGAGAAGGAAUAUCCAGAAAAUUUGGACAGUUCCUUCAGAAAUGAUAUUGACUUGCAAAACACAGUGAGCGAGUGUAAACGGGAAUAUUUCAUCUGAGAAACUGCAGGGUUCCUACUACUAUUUUUUCUUGUUGUUCAAUUAUCUCCUCCCCUUCUUCUCUCCUGUCUUUUGAUUUGGUCAUUCUCUUUAUUUUCUGCUUGCCAUUUCUUUUCUGGAACAUAUUUGCAUCCACCACAGCAUCAAUUCCCUUGAUCCAGUCCAAGAGACCAGGCAGACGUGGCCACUGCCUUCCUCUCUGAUGCACCUAUCGGGUGAAAACGACCACUCAAGAGACUGACUUCACUAUUCAAGACAAGGAAGAGACACAUGUGUGCACUCCUGCAUGUUCAGUUCUGUACUUCCAGUUUCUAAAAUGCACUGUUCAGUUUGGCAGCCGCUUGGUGGUUCGGGCUUGCUUUGAACCUGAGCUCUUUGGCUUAGGCACAUGACGGUCAUUCCUGACAUCCUCCCCAUCUCAAGUCUAUUCUUACCAGGGAACCCAGGGCAGGGAGAGAAGAACCUAGAGGCCUGGUUUGCUUUGGAGGCAUUAUAAAAGGGGUAAGAGAGGUUUGUUUUGUGGUGGUUUACUUUCUUUACCAUAGGCAAUCACUUGCCUUAACUCAUCACCCUUUUUCACUAUGACCCUUAGACGCUGAGUAUUUUCAAAUAUAUGAUCACUGAUAGUAGUGAGCAAAAUUACUUUGCUCCUUUCUUACCACUCUCUCCUGGGGCCGACACGUUGGGAUAGCACACCAUAGCAUAAAGCUAGGGGAGGCAUGGUAAUAGUAGCUUGAAACUAGGAGGUAACAAGAAAGCGUCUAGGAAGUAGAUGUUCCGUAUCUUCAAAAAUGCCUCCUCCAAUUUUGUAAGAAUGCUAGCUAGGUAUUCCUGGGAUUAUUCUACUGACAUAUAUGUACACACACAUGUGUAUAUGUGUAUAUAUAUGUGAGUAUAUAUAUACACAUACAUGUAUAUAUAUGUGAGUAUAUAUAUACACAUACAUGUAUAUAUAUGUGAGUAUAUAUAUACACAUACAUGUAUAUAUAUGUGAGUAUAUAUAUACACAUAUGUAUACACACACACAUAUAUAUAUAGAUAUAUACACACAAACACACACACAUAUAUGUUGCUGCAGCAUAAAGAAAUUGAAAUAAAAGUUUAAAAUAGUACCUGUUUCAAUGAAAGAGCCUAAACCAUCUUAAUUCAGCUUUAAAACAAAAAUUAAAUCAGGAAAAAAUGGAAAAAAAAAACUGCAUGAAAGAAGAGAAAUACCAAACAGAAUUCUGCCCUUCCAUUCACUCACUAAAGACCCGGUGAAGACAGUUAAUUCAAAUUUGCAAGUUUCACAUUUUUGAACAUCAAGCUAUUCUCCGAGAGGUUUAGGAUGCAUUAACAUAAGUGACAUGGUCACCUCUAACUAACUAGCUUUGCUUGAUUUCAGAGGAGCCCUUAGGUUCUGUAGCUUAUCACAUUUUCAAGUCUGCUAUACCCUAUAUACAUAAAGACUCUUCCAAACAUCUCUUUAUAGGCUUAAACUCCCAAAAGAGGUGGUGAUAAAUUUCAGGGUUUUUGCCCCUUUUGGUAACAAAGCAUUGAAAACAGUCAUUCAUUCCUUCAAGAAGGCACCUUGAGCUCAUCCAUGGGGUGGUGGUAAAGAUCUUAAUGAUUUUUCUGUGGCAAUAUGCAUCGUUCUUUGUCCUGCGCCAUCUUGGAGGAAAAGGUAAGGAGAAAACAACAUAAAUGCUCCAAGAUGCUGGAAAUGCUCAUGUAAUGAUUCUUAGGUGUGGAAAAUACUUGUUGAUUCUCUUUACGAGGCAGAUUCAGUGUGGAAAUCGAUGACCACAGCUCUGUUUGCCAGCCUUGACAGUUAGCAGACAUUCCAUCUUUUGCUUAGGGUACACUGUCUCUCGCCUCUCAUAGUGAGGAACUUAGUUGCUUCAUUCCAUUUCAAGCACAGCUUUUCUUUCAGUUUCAGAGCUUAUGAGUUAAGGAUUUAGUUUGCAAUCAUAUUCCUCUAUUUUAGGAUGUUGUUUUAAAUGCAGAUUCUCUCCUUGAAAUUUUCUAUGGAUUUGAGCUUAAUCACUUUAUCAUCUACAUGGUAUCUUUUGGCUACAUGAUAUCAUUUAUUUUAAAGUGAUUUUAACCAUGAUACCAUUUCUCUCCUUUUAGUUUUAAUAAGAUGAAUGAUUCUUUAGUAAGAUGAAGGAUCUUUAAACAGUGUUUUCCCCUGCCCUUUCCUCCCUUUCUUCAAUUUUCACUUUUGAAUUUUUGAUUUCCAUAAAAAGCCUGUAUAAAUCAGCCUUUUGCUUGGCUAUAUAUUCCUUUGUCCCCUGAAGUAAAAGUCACCACGAAGUGUAGUGGGUUUAGCCUGAAGCAGCUCCACUAAUGAAAUAGAAAGGCAAAGGAAGGUGUGAGUAAUAAAGCUGGAACUCUUCAUUAUUCAAUCUUCGAGCAGUGAGGACUGUAUUUUGCUGACAUAGUGCUAACAGAAGAAAUGGAGACUAGCAAAGGCUAACUCGGAGUAUUUGAUUUUCUCAUCUAAGUAUAUAUGCUUUUAGAUGGUCCUGUAGGAUGAAGAAUCUGUGAAGCUCUAUCCUGACAACAACUGCACUACAGAAUCAACUGGCAUCUUCCUCACGUGUGUAGACUCCAUACACACUGCAUGCCACAGGACCUAAAUGUAGAUGCCAGGACAGUGCCCCCUGCACGCCACUCCUAUAAGUAGUCUCAGGGCUAAAGCAGAAUUAUUUUUACAGGGUUGAAUUGUUUCUUAACCCCAGAGAACACUAACUUUUGCUAGAUAUAUAUGAAAUGCAAGUGAGCCGUACCCUCCAAAGUAGAAUGUAAUUUACAGUUAGAAAUCGUGCUAACUCCGACUGUCUUUCCUCAGUGGUACCAAGAUCUAUGUAGUUUUAUGUAAUUGUUCAAUUGUGUGAGUGUUUCAAUCCUUCAGCAGUUAUCAUCUCAAAGGAGACUUUGAAAGCAUCUUAAUCUCUCUUUAACGACUUUUUUUUUUCUUUUUCAUGUCACAUUCAGGUUUCCCAACUACAUGCUCUGGCCAACUGGGCCACCAUGGUCUCUUCCACUUAAACCCUCAGCCUUCAAUAACUGCUGUUUACAAAAAGAUUUUAUGGAAUAUGGAUCACUUUACAGUAAAACCAAAAGUACUUGUGAAAUUUCAUAUUUUAAUGGGGCUGUUUCAUUGAUUUUUUUUUCCACCAAACAAAUCUAUUUAUGUAAGCAACAGUAUAUUUGCUAACUCUAAAAUAUAUUUAACCUACUGCAUCAUUUAUUGCAUGUAUAGCCUCAGUUGCCAUCUUUAUGAAAAAUUUGUCUGGAGAAAUAGACAUUUGUCAUUUCUAUAGACAUAUUUUUACGAAUAGCUUUGCCUCUUCUAUUUACCCUCAGCUGUACACAGAAGAUUUUAAGGAUCCUAGGGGUGAUAUUUUAAAACAACUUUUUUCUUCUCCUUAGUAAUUACAGAGAUGGUAUUAACUUGACUUCUACCUUCUGUCAGACCCAUCCCCACCAAUGGGUAGCAAGAACAGGAUAGAACAAAAUAAAGAGAUUGUUUUUCUUUCUUCAUUUAUGAAGUAUUUAUGGAAUGCCAGUGAGUGCUGUGCUAGGCAUUGGAUGAACAUGUAUAAAUUACACCUUGUUCUUGUCCUUGAGGAGCUCAAAGUCUAGCAGGCAAGGCAUGUAUUAUUGCAACAGGGGCAUGCAUAAAGUGUCCUAGAAUGCAGCACAAGGUCCUGCACAAUUAUUUUUGGUAAAGCAUCCACUAGAGACUGAAAGAAACAGGUAAAUUUCUGGGAAAUAUUUGUUAUUUUUUAAAUAAUUUUUUAAAAAUCCACCUUCCAUAAGCUGUUUUGUUUCUCCUCCUCAAAGUAGAUAUCUAUCAAUGCAUAUAAAUUUCUGUAGAAAGAGGUGGAUUGACUUUUAGGGACAGUAAAAAUAGAUGGUCUCUGUCUCUGCCAUACAUUUGGGGAGGCUGAAUUCUCUACAUUCUUGUUUCAGGUCAGGUUGGGGGAUUCCAAAAGUCUCGCCUCCCAUGAACCUAAGUGUCUCCACUUUGGCCCCUCUCCUUCCCUUUUCUCAGUUCUUCCACUGCCAUGUGUUUAUGACCUAUUGCAUGCCAUUGUUCUUCCAGAUGUUCCUAAAGGUGGUUUGGUUGUAGUCCAACUCUUCCUAAAACCCUUCUUAGUCCUGAUGAGCCAUUUUGACUCUACAUAAAAUUUCUGAACCUAACUGAAGUCUACCCUUCAGUCAAUAAUUGACUAAAAAAUGUUGUCCAUUUAUGUGAGGUCUCACCUCUGAGCCUGAGUGAAUGUUUCCCGUCUUGAAGGUCAUACCUGCUCCCUCUCUGCAGGAAGUUAAUUCAGUUAGAAGAGUUGCACGGGGAGGGUGCAUGCACAGCCAACUUAUCCAGUCCAAGAUAUCCAGGGAGAUGGGUAUCAGACCUGCUGCAUUUUUUCUUAGGAAAGGAAAGGUCUUGACGGAUUGUUCACCAACUGCCCUAGCUUCCUUUAAGCUUCCCCAUAGCUUCCAUCCAUCAAAAUCUCAUUGCAGCAGCAGCCUACCAAAAGGCCUUUGGGACACCUGUAUGGUGCUGCCACUCAUUCUUCCUUAACGAAAAGGCUUGGACAUACUUAGCCCUCAAUUGUCCUACAGGUCAUGUAUUGAGCAAAUAAACAAACAGACUUCAUUGUUCCUGAAGAUGGCAAAGGUGAUUAAUGGAAGAAGAUGCAGGCAAACUGAAAACUUUCAGAAGUCUAGGAGGAUAACUGAGUGCUAGUUCGUGUCUCUCAUGCAGUUUGAACCUGUUUUCUUUAAAAUAUACACAAUGUAAUUAAAUUAUCUCUAUAUACUGUUCUUGGGCUAUUCUCGACCUCUUCUUUUAUCUCCUCUCUCAUAGUCUUGUUUGUGGAAUCAUCUACUUUGCAGAUUUUGGUUGUCUCUCAUUCUCAGCUCUGCCUUCACAAAUUCCAAAUAGUUGAACCACCUAAAGGGGAAAAAGUGCAACACACACACGCACGCACACACAUGUGCACACUUUGUACGAAUAGGGCUGUUAUUCAACUUUUCUCUAGAACAUUCUACAUACAUAUCUGUUUGGUAGGGAGAGAAGCAUUCCUCUUUUAUGUUGGCAAUUAUUUGAAUCUUUCACAUAAGGUUUUAGUAAUUAACCGGUUUGCUAUUUUUGAGUGAUUAUUUUAUCUUAUUUUGCACUAAGGUACUCUGAGGAAGAACAGAAAAGCACAUUUUCUAGUGAAAUAUUGUACUUUGUAAGCUAGAUAUCUGUCUUAUGUAAUGUUUACAGUCUACGAAGUGGCUGAGCAGACAUGAACAGAGGUUAAUGGAAAAGCUGGUUUGGGUUUCAACCACACCCGCUGGGAACUUGAUGAGGAGGAAGAGGGGCCGGUGGCAGUAAUUGGUGGCCGUCUGAGGUGAGGAAGUUUAUUGCUUCCACCAUGAAUCAUUGGUGGCAGCCUUUCCACUUUCGUGGCUCCUAACUCAAGAGUCUCUUUAGUGCAUUUGGAUCAUUGUCUUACUCAUUAGGGAAAGAGGCAAUAUCAUGGGCUUUGCAUGAAUAAUUCUUUACUCACAUUUGCAUGAUAUUUUUUUAACUUCCAAAACUUCUUAAGUCACAUCUUUUUUUUUUUUUUUCAAGUUUUAAUUUUUUUUUCAGGAUUUUCUCAGAGUGCUUUAGAACUAUUACUAUAAUUAUCUAACCUGCCCAGGUUAAGCACCCAGAUACAACUUUCAGGAAACGAAACAACUGUCAGAAAACUGCUGUAGGUCUAUUAUUCUCAGUCAGAGCCCCUGUGAGUGGAAGUCCUUAGAUUCUGGAAUCCAUCCAGUGUCUUUCUUUUCCUUCCAUUCAUCCUGACAUGAAUAAGCAUACCAAAACUCUAAGAAGGAAUGAGUACUUUCCAGCCCUGACAAUGAGUACCGCCAGGGACCUACCAUCUAACACCAUCUAGGCACACUGUUUUUUUCUCAGUCCUUCCAGUUGACACAAGGAAACCCUUUAUAAAAUAGGACAAAAUUAGGAGAUUAGUCCCAAGCCAAGACCAAAGGUGGAGAUAGUUGUGUUAGUGAUUAAAGCCUGGUCCUAUUUGAAUGAGUGUCAGAGUCUUACAUGCUUCAGAUGCCAGAAAUAUCUUAAGAGAACAUGAACAAAGUGCUGGAUAUGCAACAGGAAUAAUGCAUUCUCCUACAGACUCUUUGAAAGGCUUUCUCUUUCAAGAAAACUUGAAGGGAAAAUAUUAAUGGGCAUCAGCCUUGGCAUGCUUUCCCAUUAGAGUCAGUCUCUAUCCCAAACGUUUUACGUGAAAUAUUCACCUAGUCUAUUCUGUUUGAAAGGCAGUAUCAACCCGUGUAACCUUGUCCUGCCUUAAAUACUGUUGAGAAAAAUACCAAACUUUGCUUAAAGCAGCAUAGUUAUAUUGAGAAAGAGACUGCAUUUAGUGAGGACCAAGACCAAGAAUUUUCUCUUUCUGAAUCUGACAGUUGACAGGCCUCCUGAUAUCCUGUGUUGCCUUGAGCUAACAUUUUCCUUAGUCACUAGCCUAGGGCAGAAAGGCAGCCAUGUAUAAAUGAAUACCCAUGGUCAUGUUCCAAUAUAACUUUAUUUACAAAAACUAAUUUAGUCCAUAGGUUACGGUUUGCUGAUUUCUAAGACAGAGCAUUACAGUGUGUUUCAGAUGUGAAGUAACUCUUCCUACAGCAUGUUCAGGCCCUCCUUUUCAGGGAAUGAGAAAGAGUGGGGAGGGUAUUUCAACGAAAGAUAAAUUGCAAAAUAACCUCCCUGCAAAAAUACACAUAUGUCAGACUCUUUGUUAUGGUAAAAGCACAAAACAGGUCAUCUUUUUGUGGAAAUGCUGGAGUCUACCUUUUCCUUUUUAUCUUCUGAUUUUUGUUCCUAAAACAAAAUCCCAAGUGACGUUGCCUCUUCCAAGUCAGCUUUGUAGACCAUGUAACACGUCUUAAUACACUGUAUGGGGAAAAAAUAAAAGUUAGCCUUAGAUUUCUUUGUUUUCUAUGGUUAUUGUUGUACAGAAGAAAGAUGAACUGUAAAUAAUGUAUAUUUAAUAAAGAGAACAUUUUGUAUGAUUUUGUGUGGAAGACA